CUCAACAAAAGCCAAAGCCCGAAGCUCUUCCUUGCAUAUUCUCUAAAAUAGUUAUUAAACCUCGGAUUGGUACUGAUUCUACCUCUUCAGAGAUAAUCGACAGUGGUUCAAUGGUCAAGUUUGGAAAAAUGAAAGAAUUAGGCGGAGGUGAAACGGCAAAUCAAGAAAAAGAUGAGUAUAUAAUGCUUCUUACUAACACAAUUUCAGAGUUACAGCAGAAAAUAGAAGAACAAAAACGGAAAAUAUUAGAAUUAAAGAAUCAGAUAAGUGGAUAUUGUGAAGAAAUAAUCAGAAUAAAUAAUUUAUACCAAGAAAAACGUGAAGAAAAUAAGGAUCUCGUUGAACAAUGGAAUUCUUGGCAUUGCAAUCAAGAAAAGCGUAUACAGGAAGCUGUUAAUAUUGCGCUACUUGAGCGAGAAUCUUUAUUUGAGGAUAUUGACUUUUUAAUUAAGAACAAGAAUAG